AUGCACAAUGCAGCGUCUGUAUCAGCCUCUCUUGGGUCCGUGGGAUUGUUGCGUCUCGUUGGGGUGUCCUGGUCCUGGACCCUGGCAGCAGGCCUUGGGGUGUAUCUGGGCACCAGAAGCUGGAAAUACUUCUACAUUGCAGCACGAACUGCCAAAAGAGACCUCAACGGCCUGUACGUGCUGUUGAGAGUGAAGAUGGCCCUGUGGCGUUACAUGCGCAGUGGAAGCAAUAUCCCUUCCAUUUUCGCCCAGACGGUAAAACUCCACCCAAAUAAACCGGCACUGAUCUAUGAGGCCACAGGAGAAACAUGGACCUUCACCCAACUAGAUGAGAUCUCUAAUGCCGUUGCUCAUUGGGCGAAAGCUCAAGGAUGGGUCUCUGGGGAUGUGGUGGCCCUCUUCUUGGAAAGCAGGCCGUUACAGGUGGCCCUUUGGCUCGGUUUUGCAAAAGUUGGGGUGGAAGCAGCGCUCAUCAACUUCAGCCUCCGCAACGAUCCCCUGAUGCACUGCAUUAGGGUGUCUGGGUCACGGGCAAUAGUGUUUGGAGCUGAGCUUGCUGAUGCAAUGCUGGAGGUUAAUUCUGCCAUCAGCCAGUCCAUGAUACGGUUUUGCACGGGAGACCUCAGUGCAGAUCAGUUGGCCUCCCUGAGUGCUCAGCCCCUGGACCCAAUUUUAGCCACUGCAUCUCGACACGCACCUCCGCCGUGUGUUCCCCCCAAAAACAUGAAUGACCGCUUAUUUUAUAUUUACACCUCUGGGACCACAGGACUACCUAAGGCAGCUAUUGUGGUCCACAGUCGCUACUACAGAAUUGCUGCUUUUGGGUUUUUUGCCUUCCGCAUGCGGAAUGAUGACGUUAUGUAUGACUGCCUGCCCCUGUAUCACUCAGCAGGUAACAUUAUUGGAGUUGGUCAGUGUCUGAUCCAUGGUCUCACUGUGGUAGUGAAGAGGAAAUUCUCUGCAAGCCGUUUCUGGGACGACUGCAUUAAAUACAAUUGUACUGUGGUGCAGUAUAUCGGGGAAAUAUGCCGCUACCUCCUCUCACAGCCGGUCCGACCAUCUGAGAAGUGCCACAAAGUGCGUCUGGCAGUAGGAAACGGAUUGCGCCCCAGUGUGUGGGAAGCCUUCACAGAGCGCUUUGGGGUGGCCCAGAUUGGCGAGUUUUAUGGAGCAACUGAGUGCAACUGUAGCAUUGCCAACAUGGAUGGCAAGGUUGGAGCUUGUGGUUUCAACAGUCGCAUUCUUCCAAACGUGUACCCCAUCCGUCUGGUGAGGGUAAAUGAGGAAACUAUGGAACUUGUUCGAGACAGCCAGGGCCUGUGCAUUUCUUGCCGCCCCGGAGAGCCGGGCAUUCUGGUAGGGCGUAUUAACCAGAAAGACCCAUUACGGCGUUUUGAUGGAUACGCUAACCAGGAUGCUACGAAGAAGAAGAUAGCUCACAAUGUGUUCAAGAAAAACGAUUCUGCAUAUUUAUCAGGUGACGUACUGGUGAUGGAUGAACUGGGCUACAUGUACUUCCGUGACCGUAGUGGGGACACCUUCCGCUGGCGAGGGGAAAAUGUCUCUACGACUGAGGUGGAAGGCAUACUCAGCAAUCUCCUGGAUCAAACUGAUGUGGCUGUGUACGGAGUGGCAGUGCCAGGUGUGGAAGGUAAAGCAGGCAUGGCUGCCAUUGCAGAUACAACGGGAAGUUUUGACUGCAACAGUUUCUUGCAGAACGUCCAACGAGCACUUCCCCCUUAUGCCCGGCCUGUGUUCCUCAGAAUCUCCCCCCAGGUUGACACAACAGGUACAUUUAAAAUCCAGAAAACCAGGCUGCAGAAGCAGGGAUUUGAUCCACGCGUCACAACCGACCAUUUCUACUUUUUGAACAGUAAGGCUGCAAGAUACGAGGUGGUAGACGAGGAGCUCUACAACGCCAUAGUGGAAGGAAGAAUGUCUCUAUGA